AAUUGAUGUCCGCAGGAGGCUAAAAGGAGCGCACCCGUCGGACACUCCCUCUUUUCCUCCUUGGCGGCGGCGGAGGCAGCAGCAGCAGCAAAGACUGCCGCGGCGGCAGUAGCUGAGGAGAGCAGCACGGCGUCCUGGGGACGGCAGCAGUGGGCUCCCCGGCACUCACCAGCAGACUGGAGGCAGGCGCGGGUUUGAGGAUUAAAAAUUGAAUGGUUACGCUUUUUCCGGGCCCGAGCAGCCGCGCUGCCUAGCGCGACAGAGAAACCUUGGGGACCAGGAACCGGAGGCACUGGAGGAGUUGAACCAGAGCGCAGGGGGCCCUAUCAGGCAUUAUUUUUUGGCGCCUCUGGGAAAAGAAGCGAUAGUCAUCUAUCCACCUCGCCGCGUCCCUUACCAUGUUCAGCUGGGUGGUCACCGGGGCCGCGCUUUCCGUCCUACUGGGCUGUCUGCUUCUCACAGGAUCCAGCUCAGGAUCAAAAUUGAAAGGACCUGAACUAAGUUUAAAAGGCACACAACAUGUCAUUCAAGCAGACCAGACGUUAUAUCUUAAAUGCAGGGGGGAAGUGGCCCAUUCAUGGUCUUUGCCUAAGACUGUGAGUAAAGAAAGCAAAAGACUGAGCAUCACCACAUCUGUCUGUGGAAGGAAUGGUAAACAGUUCUGUAGCACCCUGACUUUGGUCAAGGCACAGGCCAACCACACGGGCUACUAUAGCUGCAGAUACUUAUCCACACCUGUUUCAAAGAAAAAGAGAACAGAAUCUACAAUCUAUAUAUUUAUUAAUGACACAGGUAGUCCAUUUGUAGAGCCUCACAGCACCAUGCCUGAAACUGUUCAUAUGACUGAAGGACAGGAAAUGAUUAUUCCUUGUCGAGUGUCAGCGCCAGACUUCACCGUUACUUUGAAAAAGUUUCAGGUUCCUGAUGUGAAAACCUUUAUUCCUGAUGGGAAGACAAUAAUCUGGGACAAUAAAAGGGGUUUUAUUGUACCAAAGCCAACAUACAGAUUUAUAGGACUUUUGAGCUGUGAAACAACAGUCAAUGGCCAUUUAUAUAGCACAAAUUAUCUAACAUAUCGACAAGACAACAAAAUCAUUGAUGUCCAGUUAAGUACACAAUAUCCAAUCAAAUUGCUGAAAGGUCAGACUCUUGCCCUCAAUUGUACUGUUACUGCUGCCUGGAACACAAGAGUUCAGAUUAUUUGGAAUUAUCCUGGUGAAGCAAAUAAUAGAGCUUCUGUAACUCCCCGGUUUGAUACAAGAAAUUCCCAAGCCAAUGUAUUCUACAGCACUCUUAUAAUUGACAAAGUGCAAAGCAAAGACAAAGGACUUUAUACUUGUCAGGUGAAGAGUGGACCAUCCUUCAAAUCUGCUAACACUACAGUGCAUGUAUAUGAAAAACCAUUCAUCACUGUGAAACAUCGAAAACAGCAGGUGCUUGAAACGAUAGCAGGCAAACGGUCCUAUCGGCUUUCCAUGAAAGUGAAGGCAUUUCCCUCACCAGAGGUUGUAUGGUUAAAGAAUGGGUUACCUGCUACUGAGAAAUGUGCUCGAUAUGUGGCCCAUGGCUAUUCACUAAUUAUCAAGGAUGUGGCAGAAGAGGAUGCAGGAGAUUAUACCAUCUUGCUGAGCCUAAAACAAGCAAAAAUAUCCAAAAAUCUAACAACCACUCUCAUUGUAAAUGUGAAACCCCAAAUUUAUGAAAAAGCUGUAUCAUCAUUCCCAGAUCCUAAUCUCUACCCACUGAGUAGCCAGCAGAGUCUGACUUGUACUGUUUAUGGUGUUCCCCAACCUACAAUUAAGUGGAUUUGGCAUCCUUGUAACCAAAAUUAUUCUAAAACGAGGUAUGACUUUUGCUCUGACAGUGACAGAUCUUUCAACUUGGAUGCUGACAGCAAUAUUGGAAAUAGAAUCCAGACUAUCACUCAACGUAUGGCCAUAAUAGAAGGAAAGAAUAAGAUUGCAAGCACUCUGGUUGUGGCAGACACUAGAGCUUCUGGAAUCUAUAGCUGUGUGGCUUCCAAUAAAGUUGGACAUGUGGAAAGAAACAUUAGCUUUUAUGUCACAGAUGUGCCCAAUGGAUUUCAUGUUAACUUGGAAAAAAUGCCCGCUGAAGGAGAGGAUUUGAAAUUAUCUUGCAUGGUCAGCAAAUUCUUAUACAGAGACAUUACUUGGAUUUUGCUGCGAACAGUGAACAAUAGAACAAUGCACCAUAGCAUCAGUAAACAAAAAAUGGCCAUCACCAUGGAGUACUCUAUAAUACUCAAUCUCACUAUCAAGAAUGUUUCCCUGGAAGAUUCAGGCACCUAUGCCUGCAGAGCCAGGAACAUUUAUACCGGGGAAGAAAUUCUUCAAAAGAAAGAAGUUACAAUUAGAGAUCAGGAAGCACCUUACCUCCUCCGUAACCUCAGUGAUCAGAUAGUGGCCAUCAGCAACUCCACCACUUUAGACUGUCAGGCAAAAGGUGUGCCAGAACCACAGAUAACCUGGUUUAAAAACAACCAUGAAAUACAGCAAGAGCCAGGUAUUAUUUUGGGCCCAGGAAGCAGCACGCUGUUUAUUGAAAGAGUCACAGAAGAGGAUGAAGGUUUCUACCGUUGCAGAGCCACCAACCAGAAGGGCUCUGUCCAGAGUUCAGCAUACCUCACUGUACAAGGAACUUCAGAUAAAUCCAACCUGGAGCUGAUAACUCUGACAUGUACGUGUGUGGCUGCAACACUGUUCUGGCUCUUAUUGACUCUCUUUAUCCGAAAACUGAAAAGGACUUCUUCUGAAAUAAAAACAGAUUACCUAUCAAUUAUAAUGGAUCCAGAUGAAGUUCCUCUUGAUGAGCAAUGUGACCGUCUACCCUAUGAUGCCAGCAAGUGGGAGUUUGCCCGAGAAAGACUUAAGCUGGGAAAAUCACUUGGACGUGGAGCUUUUGGAAAAGUGGUCCAAGCAGCUGCAUUUGGCAUUAAGAAAUCGCCCACGUGCCGGACAGUGGCUGUGAAAAUGCUGAAAGAGGGGGCCACAGCCAGUGAAUACAAAGCGUUGAUGACUGAGCUUAAGAUCCUGACCCACAUUGGACAUCAUCUGAAUGUGGUGAACCUGCUGGGAGCCUGCACCAAGCAUGGAGGUCCUCUCAUGGUGAUAGUUGAAUAUUGCAAAUAUGGAAAUUUAUCCAACUAUCUCAAGAGCAAAAGAGAUUUCUUCUUUCUCAAUAAGGAUGCAGCCUUACAGACUGAGCCCAAGAAGGAAAAGGAAUCUGAACUUGAGCAUGGCAAGAAACAAAGACUGGACAGUGUCACCAGCAGCGAGAGCUUUGCAAGCUCCGGAUUUCAGGAAGAUAAAAGUCUGAGUGAUGUUGAGGAGGAAGAGGAGGAUUCUGAUGAUUUCUACAAGCAACCCAUCACCAUGGAAGAUCUCAUUUCAUACAGUUUUCAAGUGGCCAGAGGCAUGGAGUUUUUAUCUUCUAGAAAGUGCAUUCACCGUGAUCUGGCAGCCCGAAACAUCCUUUUAUCUGAAAACAAUGUAGUGAAGAUUUGUGACUUUGGACUCGCUAGAGAUAUUUACAAGAAUCCUGAUUAUGUGAGAAAAGGAGAUACCCGGCUUCCUCUUAAGUGGAUGGCUCCUGAAUCCAUCUUUGACAAAAUUUAUAGCACUAAAAGUGAUGUGUGGUCUUAUGGGGUGCUGCUAUGGGAAAUAUUCUCUUUAGGUGCUUCUCCAUACCCAGGAGUGCAAAUUGAUGAAGAUUUCUGCAGUCGUUUGAAGGAAGGCACAAGAAUGAGAGCUCCAGAAUAUGCUACUUCUGAAAUCUAUCAAAUUAUGUUGGAUUGCUGGCAUAAAGAUCCCAAAGAGAGACCAAGAUUUUCUGAAUUGGUGGAAAAACUAGGAGACUUACUUCAAGCAAAUGUGCAAAAGGAUGGUAAAGACUAUAUCCCCCUGAAUAAUAUACUGACAGGAAAUAAUGGGUUUUCUUAUUCCACCUCUGCCUUCUCUGAAUCCUAUUUCAAAGAAGAUAAUUCAACUCCAAAAUUCAAUUCAGGAAGUUCUGAUGAUGUCAGAUAUGUAAAUGCUUUCAAAUUCACACACCCACAGAGAGUAAAAACCUUUGAAGAGCUUUCCCCAAAGGCUACUUCUGUGUUCGAGGAUUACCAGGCAGAUAGCGGCAUGGUGUUGGCACCCCAAGAGCUAAAGCGCUUCACUUGGACAGAGAGCAAACCUAAGUCCACCUUGAUGUUUGGCUUAAAAGUGACCAGCAAAAGCAAGGAAUCGGGGCUUUCUGAUAUGACCAGGCCUAAUUUCUGCCAUUCCAGCUGUGGUCAUGUCAAUGAAAUCAAUCGCAGAUUUACAUAUGACAACUCUGACCUGGAAAGGAAGAUCUCAUGCUGCUCUCCUCCUCCAGACUACAAUUCAGUGGUCUUGUACUCCAACCCUCCAGUAUAAAACUUUAGUAUAAAGAAAUAUUGCAGGAAACAAGUGCAUACUUAUAUCUGAUAUAAAUUAGCUUUCUCCAGUGUAAUACACUUAUGUUUUAACCCCUUUCCUUUUCACAAGAGCCAUUUUAAUUUUUUUAAGAGUACUUUUCCAGACUAACAAAAAAUAAAUAAACAUAAGCAUUAACAGAGGCAUUCUCACUAAAGCCUCUAGAUAUUUAGUAAAGGAUCUAAAUUAUUUCUGGGCCCAACAGCAUAACCCUAUCCUCUUAGGCCCCUGGGGAGUCUCACACCUGGUUCAUUUGGAAAAUCAAGAAAGAAUAUUGAUCAGUGAAAGAAAUCAAAAAGGUAGCAUGAUAUAAAGAGCACUGACUUGGAGCCAGGGAUCUGGACCCAUAUUUCAGCUUAAUUUGGGAAAAUUACUUAGAUUUUGAUUUCCUGACCUAUUAAAUGAAAGCGUUGGAUCAAUUCUGAAGUCUAUUUUCCUAUUUUCUAGGAGAGCAAUAACUAUCUUUGGUUUUUAUUCUAAAGAUCUCUGGGUUUUAGGACACCCUUUUGUCUGGAGACCCAGCAGCAUUGAAACCAAUAACAGAAUUUUUUUUAAGCUCUGAGGGACAACAGCAAGCUAAAUGUUUAUCAUGGAAACAACAAAUAGACUCAAAAUAUAGGAAUGGGAUAUAGGAGAGAAGAGUAGACAAAAGAAAGGAAAAGCCAAAAAAAAAAAAAAAAAAAAAAAGAAGAAGAGAGAGACAUUUCUCUGUGGUAGGGAUUAGGAAAAUAGCAUAGCACCUACUUCAUAAAGAGGUUUCAUGCCUCUUCCUAACCUAAUAUAUCUUAGAUUUGGAGCAUAUAAAAAUGAAGGAAGAAAGAAUGAUGGAGUAAGAGAAAAGAAAUUUCCCCUGAAUUCCAGGAGAGGAAGGGAAGAAAAAAGACAUUCCUUGGAAAUAUUAUUGUGUAAAACAUUCUCAUACCAAGAAAUUUUCAUUGUGAUAAUUCGUAGCACUGUACCAUCGAUCAUGUCCUAUCCUGCUAGCCUUAACAAAUCUCAUUGAUCUAUCUUUUCUAUGCACAGAGUUCUGGACACACUGUGCCAGGAUGACUCCUGCUUCCAUUCAUGGUUCACAUGAAGCUUAGGGUCAUUAGUUUGGUCUAAUGACUGUUGGGUCUAAUAAAUGCUGGAUGUUGGGCUCAGGGUCUUAUGAUAAUGAAUGUCAUUUUCAUUAGUAGGAUUUAUGUACAGGCGCUAAAUAAACUAUUUAUGUAACUUUUGUAUCAGAUUUUGUAUAGUGAUUCAUAAAAGGAAGUUUAGAGAGAAGAUGUAGUUUUUAAAGAGAGACCGUAAGGGCAAGAUUUUCAAAUUGACAAAAUAAAAGCUGGGGAGUGGGAGAGAAAAAAAGUCCACCUCUGAAACCAAUUAGACUAAUUCAUCUCCUACCAUAUGAUCAGGCAACAAGAAAGAUACUGAAAUCUCUAUUUCAGCUGAAUAACUAAUCUGAUUGGGAUUCCUUCCCUCCUAGACAGAAUUCUGGGGGGGAGGGGGAGAGGGGGGGGAGGGAUAAUGAACUAGAGAAUAUCUAUUAAGUACUUUAAAAUCCUUGUAAAGUUUUAUGUCUUCUAUGCAAGCUAUUAGAACUGGGUGAUAUUGGCUAAUCAGCCACCACUUUCAUUUCUAUCCCUUGCCUUAAGUCAUUGGGCCUAAGCAGUGAGGGAUGAAAGAUGCUAGUCAGGAUGUCAAAAAUGAUUUCUUUUUAGGAUCUGGAGAUUUAGAAAGGCCUGGCUUGAGCUGAAACUCAUAAAGGAAAUUUUAAAGCUAGAGUUUGGUCAGGCUUGAAGAUGUCCAUAAAAAGACACGUACUGGGAUCUCUAGCCAAAAGCAGACAGACCAACCAGAAUUAUGGAAAUUGUCACUCUCUUAGGACACACUACAUGUCAUUGUCCUCAAAUGUAUAAAUUGAAUGAGAGAGAAAUUUAUGCUUUCCUAUUUGAUAUACUCUUUCCAGAGUUCUCAUUUUGUCCCAGAGUUCCAUUUGCAAGGAAAAAGAAAGAACAAAGUACCAUCUAAAUGGGGGCUUCCCAGCAAGGAAAAUGGAAGUCUAAAAGUGAGUAGUGAGUGGGUCCUGAUGAUCUCAAUUUAACAGAGGAGAAAUGAAUAGGGGGGGGAAAGUAUAAGGUCAGUAUCUGUGGGAAGAUUCUUCCCAUGUUCACACUUCCCUCCUAUCAUAGCUGACUAGAAAGCCAAAAACAUCAGGAAAUAAAACUGGAAUUAAAAAAAAAAAAAAAAAAGAUAAAAACCCAAGCCAAUUUUUUAAUUUUCCAAAUCAGACAAAAACAAUGCUGUAGAAAAGCUUACAAUUAAGUUGUCAGACCCAGAAGCUCCAAAGUCAGGCAGCAUCAUUUUGGAAUUAAAAUUUUAAAGUUAAUUUCAUAAUUAAUGAGAAGAUGGAAUGCUGCAAGUAGAGUGGAGAACAUCUUAUCAUUUUGUACUCAGGAAAAAUUGUUAAUUACACAUUCAAAGCAAUGCUUUGGCACUGAUGAAGCAUUAGAGUUAUGCCUGGUUUCUCAGUCCAUAAGAAUAUUGAACCAGAAGCCUAAUCUUUCUAAUACAUCUUUCAUCAAGUGGGUAGAAACUAUAUGUGUGUGUAUGUGUGUGUGUGUGUAUAUAUAUAUAUAUAUAUAUUUAUAUGUAUAUGCUUUUGUGCACAAAUAUUUAAGGAAACUGGAAUUUUUAAGUUACUUUUAUAUAAACAGGAUGUAUGCUGCAGAUAUGAAUGAGUUUUGAUCAUGUCUUGUAUUGCUAGUCAUUUAACAAAAUGUAUUUUAAAUAUCUUCAAAUAAUAAAUUAACUCUCCAAAACA